UUUUUUUCUUGUCUUUUAUACACAUAUAUCCUAUUUCUCCCUUUCUCUUUCUCUCUCUUUUUUCUUUAUUACGCCAAUCUAGAGUACAAUGAACCAACAAGAGCAACCUGUGUUAAAAGAAGAAAAGAAAAACACCGAGUCGGUCAAGGAAGAUCCGGAAGAGAAACAAGUAGUCCCAGUGACUACUGCUACUCCUAUGGAUAUCGACCCCACGACAACGACUACAGCGCCUUCUCAAACAAACGGCAACACCGCAGUCACUUCAAGUCCUCCUGUUAUGACAACCACGGCACCUGUGAUCACCCACACGCCUUCUGCUGUGACUGAACAGCCAACAACCACACAAGAAUUGGAUGCGAUUAACCAGCUUCAAUUGGCACACGCUGCUGCUGCCCUUAGUGGUACUAACAAUUUCCCUUUUCUGGCCAAUUUUGAGAAUACGAUUGGUGUCAUGACUUCAACAGAUACAACCAGUGGUGCAAACACAAAUACGCUUCAUGCUCUUAGUCCAAGUACUCAGUCUUCAUCACAACAAACACAACAAUCAUCACGACAAAGACAGGCUCAACAAACGGAUCUAAGUCAAUUACCUACCGAACUUUUGAAACGUGAGCUUAUGAAUCAAAAGGUUCGUGCUGAUAACAGAGAACGCAAAAAGCGUUGGAGACAGCAAAAUGAAGAAAGAAGUAAGUAUCAUGGGAAAACGAAUGUCCUUCUCCUAACUGCUUCUUGUACAGACAAAGACAACGAUCUCCGUUGUCGAGUUAACAAGCGAGCCCAUAAAUUAUUUGGUAAAGAAGAUAGUGAACAUAAGAAGAAGUGGAUUGAAGAAGAGUUCUUGAAACGUCAACAAAAACGAAAGGAGAAAGAACGCAGAAGAGGAUUGGUUGAUGACAGUUUAGGUGGUCAUGCUGAAGGAACACUCAAUAACAAUAGUGGACUAGAUCUUGCUGCACUUGCGCAACACUUGGCACCCCAACAACACCUUCCAAGCAUUACAGAUGCUAAUUAUUUGACUUUGUUAUGCAAUAACCUCGGCAUUCCUGCUGCUGCUCGUAAUCUUCUCGGUAAUAUGGCUAGUGGUCAAGCAGAUCAGCCACAGGAUGCACAAGCACAGCAACCAGAGCAACAUCAACAACAACAUCAACAACAACAUCAACAACAACAGCAACAACAACAGCAACAACAGCAACAACAACAACAACAACAACAAGAGUCUGAAGGCAACACGAACCAACCCUCUACCACGACAAUGCCAACAGAAAGCACAUCGGAACAAGACAUGGGGAAAGACGAAAAUAAAGACGCUAGAGCUUCUCUACAGCCUUUCCCCUUUCAGUUGCUUGAGAUUUUACAACAUUUGCACCAAUACCAACCUCAAAAUGGAUCAGAACAAGGUGAAUCAUCUGCAAACAAUGAUUUCCAAUUAGCUCAAGCAUUUAACCAUGGUUUGGGAGCCAUUGGUGAUCGACCUGAAGAAAAGUUGGCAGCAUUGUUGGCUACAACGAUUCAACAAGCAGCCACAGUUGCAGCUGCUUCUCAAGUAAAAGAAGAAGGAGGUCAUGAAUUAUCAGACGAUAAAGACGCUAAUUCUACAACAACUGCAAAUGCGACAACAGAGAAUACCAACAAUACGACACAAGAUGGAACAAACAAUAAUGCCGAAUUUCCAAUGGACGCUGUGUUAACGCUUAUGCAAUUAAAUGCUGGCUGGAGACAAUAGCUUAAAAAAAUACUUUUUUAUGUACACCUUCCCCCCCCCCCUUUUUUUUUGAAAAAAAAAAUAUAUAUGUAUAGUUGACCCUAUUUGCUUAAACUUUAUUUAGAGAUUAAUGCAUUGAUCUAGCUCUCUUUUUGUUUUCAAUAUAGCGACUUCGAACAACAACAGGCUCUCUUUCUACAUUCAUUGCUUUCAAUCUCAAGACAGCUAAACAAAAAGAAUAAGUGUACUCUUUUUAUCUCAUCUUGUCUUACCUCUGUCUAAAGCUAAUUCAAUCAUACAUCUUGUUCUGAUAAAAGCUAUCAAUGGCCAAACUGAUCUUUCACCAUGUAAAAUC